AUCUAGAGAUGCUAUAAAUAUUCAGCGCAACCCCUAGAACUGGAAAAUUCCGCGCUGUCUUUCCUUCAGAUAGAAAGGAGAUUCUCGUUCUCUCAGUCUCAAGAACACCAGAAGCAUCAGCAAUCAUCACACACCAACCCAGCGUCUCGACCGAUUCCGCAAGAACUCGCCGGAACCCUAUUUCCGUUUAUCUUUUCCCCAUCAAGAAACAGAGGAAGAAGGAGAGAGGAGCCGCUCGAGUGGAGGCGGAAGUUCGAUUCCGAGGAGGACCGGGAGCGGAAAAGGCGAAGGAGGGUUUCGACUUGGGAGGGUUUGCGGUGGCGCGCAUGUCGCCGGAGAUCGUCGAAAGGAAGAGGUCACGGAGUAGAAAGGAAGGUUCUAUGUCCGUGGCAGAGACAUUGGCAAAAUGGAAACAAUACAACGACCAGCUCGAUCCGCAGGCCAAUGGAGACAAGCCUGCGCGUAGGGUGCCCGCCAAGGGUUCGAAAAAGGGGUGUAUGAAAGGCAAAGGUGGUCCCGAGAAUACGACCUUCAAUUACAGAGGAGUGAGGCAGAGGACUUGGGGCAAAUGGGUUGCUGAAAUCCGAGAGCCGAACCGAGGGAGUAGGUUGUGGCUGGGCACGUUCCCGACUGCAAUCGAAGCUGCUAAGGCUUAUGAUGAAGCUGCGACCGCAAUGUACGGUCCAUGUGCGAGGUUGAAUUUCCCCACCGCGUCUCAUCCCAUGUCGUUCGGUGACUUGGAUGCCAGAGCCACAACACCGGUGGGCACUACUGCUAACACGACUGGUACCCCAAGCACUGGUUAUUCUGCUGGUACCCCGAGCACUGGUUAUUCGGCGGGCACCCCAAGCGAGGCCACGACAUUGUCCAGUCAGUCAGAAUUGACUGGUGGCCCAGAGGUUAAGGACGGGGAUCGCAAGGGUGAGUCGAAUGCAGAUGGUGGAGAGAUGGAGCCGAAGAGCGAAUCCAUUGUUGAUUUCGACUGGCUGAGUGACUAUGCCGUGGAUGACCUGUUCGAUGUGGACGAAUUGUUAAGGACUUUGGAGUCUGAUCCGAAGUUCUCCUCAGAUGUCAAGAUGGAGCAUUAGAACAAUUUAGAACACAAUAGAUAGUUUUUGCCGGGGGGGGAGUGAGUUUUCUUAUGAAGAAAGUAUUAAAUUUGUUCUUUCACUGACUGAUAUUGGAUAUAAUCUUCUAUUAGAUCGGACAAUUACGUUUUUAGGAGUGAAUUGUCUGUGGGGCUUUCUGAGUAUUGGUUUCAUUUGUUUUUUGUAUGCCGAACUCUGCAAUGGUGAACUGUACAGUGGAAUACUGAAUAAAGGACUGGAUAUACUGAUUUGUUCCUGGUUGUGA